AGGACCCUGCUGUUGAAACAGCAGAGGAAGCUAAGGAACCAGCAGAAACAGACAUCAAUGAACUUUGUAAGGACAUGUUCAGCAAAAUGGCCACUUACUUAACAGGUGAACUGACAGCCACCAGUGAGGACUACAAACUCUUGGAAAACAUGAACAAGCUGACUAGCUUGAAGUACCUGGAAAUGAAAGAUAUUGCUAUAAACAUCAGUAGAAAUCUGAAGGAUUUAAAUCAAAAAU